AUGGUGUCGGAUAACCGAAGUUUCGGCGGACAGCAAAAGGUUUACGAACAUGACAGUGCUGUAUUAAAUUGUCAAAUGAGAUUUUCUGUGUACAUACCAGCUAUCAAUUUGGAAAGACCAACACCAAUCUUAUAUCAUUUGAGUGGUAUGUCAUGUUCCGAACAAACUUUUAUACAAAAGGCAGGGUUUCAACGAUGGGCAUCACAUUAUGGAAUAAUUGUUGUAUCACCAGAUAUUUGUCCAAGGGUUACUUUUGGUGAUGAAAAGAAUGAAAUUGAAGCUAAAGGCAUGUCAUAUUAU